UACACAUGGUCUCAUGGCACCGGAAGGAUGAAUUCGCGCACACCGUACAGACGGCCACGCAUACGAAAAUCCCGCGGCCGCGGCCUGCGGACGACAAACGGAUGCAUAACAUGUCGGAAGCGGCAUUUGAAGUGUGACGAGACCAAGCCUAUAUGCGGUGCUUGUGCUAAAAAGGACAACUUCUGCGAAUAUGGCAACCCCAGUCGCAGUGUCAACGUCCCGACCCCGGAAAGGACCACUACCGAACAUGUCCCCGUGCCAGCGACGCCGCAAACAACGACUCCAGCCCAGAAUAAUGAUGAUUUAUCAAUUGGCGCGGAUCCGAAUCCCACGCCCUACGAGUCCCAUGAAGCCACUGACCUGACCUGGAAUGUUUCGGAGGCAGAUGCUAACCCUGCUCCACCUGCACUACUUGAACAUCUACCAGAGAGCCACCUGGGGUCGAGUCAGAGCCCGGUAGCAUUGCAGUAUAGCUCUCUAUCGCCAUCUAAUGCAUCUUUUGCGGCAGUGCAAUGGUUCGGGCUUCUAGCGAGUGAUGCUGCUAGGGACAAUUCACAUCUGUCGACCAUCCCCAAUUGCUGGGCGAACCAAAGCCUCUCGCUUGGCCGCCCUGGUGCUGAUGGUCUGACCAAGGCUAGCUCAUUACAAUGCGCGACCCAGGUAUUGGAUAGCCCUCCUGCCAGUGACGCAAGUCAUGACCAGACACAUACCGGUGCUUCAGGAGGCAGUGCCCUAGGGGAGGCGCAGAUUUGGCAGUCACGGGAGCCAAUAGAGAUUCUCUCAACAGAGGAGACAUUAUUUGAGCAUUUCAUACACCAAGUGAGCCCAUGGAUCGAUCUUUUUGAUCCAACGAGCCAGUUUUCUACCUUAGUUGCACACUUGGCUAUAUACAAUGCUGGGCUGAUGAAUGCUAUACUGGCUCUUGCAUCUCGACAUCUGGCCCUGAAUCCCCGUCUGGAUAAUCAAAAUAUUCCUAGUAAAGAGGAGGCGGCUCUCCAAUAUUACUACCAAACUCUCCACUACGUGCAAAGAGCCAUGCAGUACUCCGGCUACAAGACCAGUCUGGAUCUGCUUGCAACGACACUGAUAAUUUCCGCUUACGAGAUGCUCGACAAUUCAACCAAUGACUGGGAAAGACAUCUUGAGGGGGUAUUCUUGAUCCAAAGAUCUCAGACGAUUCAUGGAGAGUCCGGUGGACUGCACUCGGCCGUGUGGUGGGCAUGGCUUUGCCAGGAUAUCUGGGCAGCCUUCCGCGAGAAACGCAAGACCCUUACAUUUUGGGUUCCACAGAAUCCCCUUUCUGUGUUAACGCCGCACGAGCUCGCUAGCCGUUCAAUUUAUAUCACUGCCAAAGUGGUCAGCUACUGCGCCGAAGUCGCAACUGAAGAAAAUACCAGGCGCCGAACUGACGGGGCAGCUCGUCUUCGCCAGAUGCUGGAUGACUGGCAACGACAUCUGACUAUUGAAUUCUCCCCCUUGCCUUUUGGGUCACGCGAGAAUCCCGCCUAUUUCCGACCAAUUCACAUUCGCCCACCUUCAUUUGCCGUGGCGGUCCAAUUUUAUAAUGCGUCCUACAUUCUACUGCUUGCUCACGAGCCAAGCUUGGGAGGCUUGGAGCAAUUUAUCGAGCGACAUAAUGCAAUGAAGCGCUGCGUGGAGGAUAUCUGCGGCAUUGCUAUGACCCUGAAAGAUAACCCAUCUAGUUUGAUGUCAUCACAAGCCUUAUUUAUUGCGGGAUUAUUUACUCAAGAGCGUUAUGCCCGAGAGGCUAUAUUGGAGCUGCUGGAGUCCUGCCGUGAGCGAACUGGCUGGCCAGUUCGAUCUUUAGGCACGGAGCUGCAGCAGUUCUGGGCAAACCACGAGCCCAAAAAGGCCCCAAAUGCCGCAAGGAUGGCCAUGCGGUCGAAUUGA